AUGACAGAGGAAAGUCGGGGCAAACGAAGGAAACAAGCCAACCCGAGGAGAAACCGAGUGGAUGCUGAGCAAGUGACUUCACUGGGAUCUGAGGGGGAGGAUGAGGUGGGCCUGUGGAGCCUGGAGCCCCAGGACUUCCAGGAGAGCCUGGACAAGACAAGCCUGACGCCCAGCGAGGGGACGGAGGAGCCCGGCAGUCCAGCUCGCUCCACGCGGCCGCACAGCCUCAGCCCCGGCAGCAGGAACUACUGGGUGCAGGUGGAGCCGGAGGCCGAGGCUGCUGAGGACACCAUCACUGCAUCCACCACUGAUAGGGAAGACCAGGAACCACUAAGGAUGUACUGUAAGAACUCAGACUCCCAGAAUGCCUUGGAGGACCUGGCUAACUAUGCAUUUCUGGCCCAGCUGAAGAAGACCUCUACCUCCACCAGUUUCUCGGACCACCUGAGCCACAAUGGCACAGCAGCUGUGUACCACCAGGGCAGCAGGCACGAUGAUCUGCCGCCUGCUAUCUGGUCACCAGGAGCUCAGCACCACUCACCCGAGGGAGCAGAUGCAGGGAGGACCCAGCAGGUUUGCCCGUUCUGCCACAGGAUGUUUCAGCGUGGAGCGUCUUUGAGGGAUCACAUCAAGUACUGUCAGGAGAGGGAGGGGGGGCACAUGGUCUGUCCACUCUGUGGAUACACUGCCCCCCAUAGGGCACAGAUGGAGCAGCACCUGGCACUUCACAAUCAAAUGCAGGACAAGAAUCCCAUCACGCUGGAUCAAAGCAUGGAGACCAGGAAGUUUAAAUGUCUGCAGUGUGGGAAAGCAUUCAAGUACAAACACCACCUCAAAGAGCAUCUCCGCAUCCACAGCGGUGAGAAACCUUACGAAUGCUCCAACUGCAAGAAACGUUUUUCUCAUUCUGGCUCCUACAGCUCCCACUUAAGCAGCAAGAAGUGCCACAGUGGUGGUGGAAAUGGAGGGGGAAAUACAGGAGGAGCCGGCGGGGCAUUUAAUGGACAUAGCCAAAGCCCCUACCACCACUCAUUUCUACCGUCUCCCUCUGCAGGCGGGGGGAGAAACAGUAAUGACAAGGGCUCUCCGUCGGCUUCACAGAACCAAGAUAACUCCAGGUCUCUGGGCCGAGUACCAGAGGAUCCUCACCAGCUUUUACUGCAGGAACCCAACCAGAACCCUGCCGCCUUCCCCCGAGCUCUGGAUCUGGCUCGAUUUUGGGACACCUCAUCAGAGCUGUCUCUAAGGGCCAGUAUCCUAAAAGGGACCACCCUGCUGCCCUUUACUUACUCUGGGACCAAGUUUGAGCAGAUGCUGCAGGAGAUGCUUCACAGGGAGGUGAAGACAGAUGAGGAGAUAGAAAGAGGAGGGGGCGCUGCAGCAGAGGAAAGGAGGGUGAUUCACAACGGAGGAGGGCCUGAGAGGAAGAUGUCGCCUGACAGAAGGAGAGAGUCUGUGAGGUCAGGUGAAGGGGAGAGAGGUGUGCUUGGAGUGACGUGUCGCUGGUGCUCCCAGCUUUUCCCUAAUGUGGCAGUGCUCCUGCAGCACGAGCGCUACCUCUGUAAAAUGAACCGCGAGGCAGUGGAGGUGCCUGAGGGUCUUCGCAGCAAAGACCACCCUUCGUCACCUUCAUUCUUCCCCAUAUCUGCCCUCCAACUGGAGAACAGCAAACCAUGUAAAGUAACCAAUGGCCUCUCUGGAAACAAGUCACCACUGCAGAAGCCCAGCUGGCACUCUGUCCCGCAGCAGCUUUUGGUCGCGAUGCACUCUCCCACACAGCCCCGCCACGACGCCCUGUCCUCACGUGCCUAUUGGUCGGUCCAGGAAAAAGGAAGCCCGAGCCAACCAGUCAACCAUUCCCCAGAGCUGUCAUCACCCAGAGCCAGAAGAAGAGUUCCCUCCUCAGGAUUCGGUUCUCCCAUCUGCCUCGACCUCACCACCUGUCCUCCUGAAAUCUCCUCACCUCAGAACCAGACCGGCAGCCCCUGGUCCACGCAGAACGAACCUCUGGACCUCUCCCUGCCCAAGCAGCACUCAGAGCAAGAGGGGAGGAACAAAGCUGUCAACGGCAGCUCCUCAGCCAGAGGUGAGAGGAGAGAGCUUGGGACCCAGCAUCUUAAGAGACUUCGUUCCAGCUUAAGUCCAACUUCACAUCUAGCCCUUCACCACCACCCGGUCUACAGCGGGGCCGCAGCUCCUGUGUUUCCAGGCUCAUUGUACAAUGGUUUUCCUAUCUUCAGCCAGUCUGGUUUAGGGCUUUCAGGACACGAUGGCAUCACAACAAUUCCAUUCGGCCAGCCAGCGAAUAGCCCUGGGUUUCUCUCUCCUAUGGCUUACAUGAUGGAGGCAGACACAGAGGCCACACUGAAAAAGAUCCACCAGGAGAGACAUGCUCUCAUGGGUGAGGUGUUAGGCCGUGGCGCCCUGGACUACCUCUCUCUGAUGGAUGAAGGUCUGGAGGGAGAAGGCGGGCCAGGGAGGAAGAGACUGAAGAAGACAGACGAGGGGCUGUAUGCUUGUGACAUCUGUGAAAAAACCUUCCAGAAGAGCAGCUCUCUGCUCCGACACAAAUAUGAGCACACAGGCAAGCGUCCUCAUGAGUGCAAGAUUUGCAACAAGGCCUUCAAGCACAAGCACCAUCUGAUUGAGCACAGCCGGCUGCACUCUGGAGAGAAACCCUACCAAUGUGACAAAUGUGGCAAGCGCUUCUCUCACUCCGGCUCUUACUCCCAGCACAUGAACCACCGCUACGCCUACUGCAGCAAAGACCAGGAUCCAGACCAAGACCACGAGGAAAUGCCUUUCACCCCGGGGUCAGGAAACAUUCUCGGGGGGCGGCUCGCCGAUGAGACCCCCCUGUCCAUGGAGGAUACUCAAACUCCACACUCUUUCCUCAGUGAUUCCAGUCUGGAUGGAGCUCCAGAGGCCCUCAAAGAGGAGGAGGAGGAUAAAGAGGCAGGAGUUAGCGAUGGUCAUAUGGAAGAGGCACAUGAGAGUUUGUCAGGGGAGCAGUUGGAAGGUAGCCCCGUCCAAGAAUCACCUGCAAGGGAGCAUGGAGAGCAGCAUGAGAGAAACAGUUGUGAUGUGGGAAACCAUAUUGACAGUGUGGAGAGACACAUGUGGGACCGAGACACUGAGGACCAGAGUGAAGACUUGGACAAAUGUGAACUAAGCCUGGAGAUAACAGAUUUACCCAGAAUAAAAACUUAAGGUAACUUUAACAAGCUAAUACAAUGCAUAUACUGUAUAUAUUGAGAAUUUUAAUAUUU